AGAUUAGCUCUCCGUCAUCCUGCUAUGUGAGCGCACCGGAGGCUACUGCGGUAAGAUGCGGCGACGCACGAUGCCGAGCGCUGGAUGACAUGAUGCGCAAUGGCCGAACGAGUGUGGGAGGGGGACACGGAAAUAAGAUUCACUGCGUGGUGUUCAGCUUUAAUUCAGACGAUGGGACAGAAGUGACUGCAUGGUUCGCUCAUUUGUAGUGGUGUAGCGCCAGUGGUGCAGGCCGAUUGGAAGGAUGUGGCGGCGCUGAUCCCACUAAAGGACGCUCCACAGCCCGAGGACGGUUGUGUAAAGGCUUCGUCAGUAAACAACAAGGAAGCACAAAUACAUUAAGUAAAGGACACUUAAUUCAGAGCAUGGACCGGAGACACCGAGGCAUCGAAUGAGCUAAGGAAGAAGCAAAUCUUUCAUCGGGGCAUCCCUUUCAGGACAUAAAGACUGGGGACAGCGGUUUUCCAGGUGGUUUUAUGACAGCUGAGUCAGUCCUCAUUGAGAAAGGCUGUCCGACAGGGAGGGCAGUGAAGCAGGCAUCUUCUCAUUUCUCACUAUUCUCUCUAUGAUCGGCGCUGACAGCUGGACGUCUGACCUGGGCGUUUCUUUUCUUCACCAGGAGACUCUCAAAGUGAAGGAGCGAUUAAGUGGAAACGGAAGCACAACUACAUCACGCUGUCAGGAAAACAACCCAUUCUAUUUCUGUCUUAGUGUCCAAAAACUCAGAUGUCGUUACAAUGAACUGAGUCAGCUCUCUCUUUUGGUUUCAAGUAAAUAUAUUCUCCCUUGUCAGAAUGAAUCAAUAAGACAUUAUCAAGAGUAUUUCAACUACUGCACAAUGCUUAGGGUAUUUUUUUCAAACUGUGAUCUUUUUACAUUUGAGCUUUCACGCUCUGAAUCAAGAAUAGACUCUUGAUAGGGCCAGCGUUCCCACUUACAAAUGAGAAUUCAAUUAGACCUGACAGGCUGCAUUUUAGUAAAGUAUAAGCGAGGACGAACCAAUAAAACAUAAAUGAGGCCAACAACAAGCACCAUGCUCCAGCAGAAUAACAACAACAACUACCCCUGCCUGAAUGUGUCAGGCUCCACCCGGGAAAUGCUCCAGAAGUGCUCCAGAGCCUCUCUGCCCUUCCCCAGCCGACUGGAGCUGGGCCUCGGAGACCUGCCGCUGAUCCGGGGCCUCCGAGCCUGGGCCCUGUGCUCCAAGAGCCGCCGAAAGGCUGGUGGUAUGCUGGGAGGAGGACAAGCCCCCAUAGCUCCUCCUGCGGUCCGCGGGGGUUCGACUUCCUGCCCCAGGCCUGCAGAUGUGUACCUGAGCGGGGAGUGGGGUUGCAUGGGGUACGGGCUUCCUUUGGGACUGGAUGCCAGGCAGGCAGGGAUCGGACCUUUGGUAACAGUUGCCACUCUUAAGACCUCAGAGGGCAGUGGGAAGACCCAAACUCAAUGCCUCUUCCUCCGGACUGAGAAAGGAAGCUGUUUGUACUCCACAGCUAAGCCCAGUUCUGGUGUGACUAACAGUGCCGCCUCCAGCGUUGUUGGUGGAUGGCUGAGAGGGAAGACAGGAGGAGGAGGAGGAGGAGGCAGAGACAUCCCAACCGGGAGAAGAGACAAUGGGCCAACUCCGCCAGCACAUACCGGAGUAAACCGGGUUAGGAUGCGAUCAGGCCGGAGAUGGAGGAAGUCCAGUAAUGCAGCAGCACGGGAGAAAACAGGCUUGAGCAGAGAGAGGCAUCAGAGCAGCAGGGAGGAUCCUGCCGGAGAAAUCCCUCUGGAAGAAAGGCAGGAAGAGCGAGACAAAAGAGGCCUGGCCAGUAAACAGUUUCCCAGCCCGCAGCAGGACAACAGGAGAGCCAGACAGGAGAAAGAGGGAGCAUGUAGAAGUCCUAAAUGCUGCCACAAUGCUUCUCUCAAAAGCUGUACUCAGUGUGGGAGGAAAGCACAGAGGAGGGAAAGCCAGGAUCAACACGAGGGAGGUGAAAGUCCAACAAGAGGCAUCUCAAACGGACUGAAUAGGGAGGUGAAAGGAAUGAGGAAGGAGAGGCAAAAGAAUGAGGAGGAGGAGGAGGAGGAAGGCCUCUGCACAUUAGAGUCAUCUAACUCUGUUUUGGCUGAACCAAACCCUGACCUAGAAUUGAACCACUUUCACCCAGAAUCUCACAGCGGCUGUGAUGUUGUAGAGAUUAGAGAAGCCGAGAGCAACGAGGAGCUAAAGAUACAAACCUCUCACAGCAAGGACAACUAUUCAGAGAGAGGGGAGGAUACAAACUCUGAGGUUAUGAAAAUACAUGGCGGAUUUAAUGAUUUAAUUCAUGGCCACUCUGGACCGGUGACAGAUGACUUUACAUCAAGACAUACCAGAUAUUGUGACAGAAUACAAAGUGUAAAAGAAGUAAUAGCAGCUAAUGUGAAUGCAAUUUCAGAUCCCAUGGAUGCAGAUCAAGAAUUAGAAAGAGACAUGGAGAGUGUAGAUGUUAAAGAGGAGGAAGAUAGCUUCAAUCAGACGCCUGCAGGAUUCUCGGUUGUAUCUGACUGCUAUGAGGACGUCUCUGUCUCCACCUGCCCUGCCCUCAUCAGCACUGCAGUCUCCACUGAGCACUCUGCCGCUGUAGAGGGCAGCAACUGCAAUGCUGACCGUGACACUUGUGGUGGUCAGAGAGACCAAGAGAACAGCAGAGAAGAUUCCCUUGAGGGGUAUCAGCGAGGGGUAGCAUACCCAGGGAUUAUUACGGGUAAAGAAGAACUGGAUAUAAGCAGAUUUGAGCAACAAGAGCUGAUUAAAUCUGUGGGAAAAGUCAAAGAACUGGAGAAGAGAGAAGCUCCAUCAUCUCCUCUCAGACACAUAGCUCCUUCCAUUAUUGAGACAAACCGCAGAAACGUUACAGAAAACAGUUGCCAGCGUUGUAUAACUGAGCGUAAUGGAGCAGAGCGAAGAGGUGAGCCAGGGUGGGAUGUUAGAGAAGAGGAGUCACAGGAGGAGAAUAUAGGGGACAGAGUAAAUCCUAGGGAAGGGGAUGAAGCCGAGGAGAUUUGGAGAAGGGAGUGCACCUGCAACGAGCCGGACGAUGGUGAGGGUAAAGGCGAUGGCGAUAAAGAACGACUAACAGUGUGUGACUUGAAUGACUGUACCAUACAGGGUAAUGGCAAAGAAGUAACGGAAAACUGUGCAUUAAAAGACAACUGUGCUUCAGAGGAGUCUGCAGAGGGAUGCAGUGGAAGGAGAAAAGAGGUCGAAGCCACCUGUGGACAAACAAGCAUCAGCCAUGUUGAAGCGAAUGCAGAGACCAGCACCAACGUCACAAAUGCUGCCUGUGCUGAUCCUUCCACCUCUCUUGCACACUCCCUGGCUAAUCCUGCCCCUUUGUUGCCUCCCCUGGGAUCCAUGGCAACAUUCCUGCCCUGUCUGGAGACGGAAGAGAAAGAGGCGAAGGAAGGGGUCGGUGUGCAAGCAGGAGACGUAAAAGAAGGCCAGGAAGGGAAGAGGAAGCUCGGGAGACAGGUGGAAAAGCAGGGCCAGGAGGCGAGGGGCUCCACCGUGGCCACUGACGAGGGGAGGAAAGAGGAGGAAGAUAAGGAGGAAGAUGAGUUUGGAGUAUUCAUGCAGGCGGAGGGAGAGCAAGCCUGCAGCGAGGGAUACACCAUGUCUGCCUCAGUGCCUUGUGGGAGUAGAGAAAGUGUUGCACUUGGACACCACGCCAUCACCGAGGAGUCAACCCACUGGACGCCAGGCUGGACAGACAGCUCCUUCCACCAAUCAGACGACACCUGGACAGCUUUUCCUCAGGAUUCGUCAGAUGAAGGCCGAGACAUGGUGGGACAGUGGUGGCCAACCAGCGCCGUGGAGGAGAGCAGAAACAGCCCCUCGGCCAAUCAGAAUCUGGCGGCUGUCUUUGCUGAAGCCUUCCCCUCGCCUGCUUCAUCUUCCAGUGACCCCUGUGAUCACGACCCUGUUCCCACACUGACCAAGCUCCUCAGGGGCAGAACCAGCCAGGACCAGGGGCUGUUGGACAGUUUCCAUGACUUGAACAAAAUGAUAUGCCAGAGAUACAAGAGGGAGAAUGGCGUGUCUCGUGACCUGCUGCUUAGGACUUUGCACUUGGAGCAGCCGCACACUGAAAGACCUGCUCACUGGACAUCCAAUCGCCGUCUCUCCCCCGGCCUCCCCUCGGCUAAUCAGCAUGCUCAGAAUGCUGCCGCUAAGCGACGGCUGUCAUAUGACUACAACAGAAACAUCAUGGAGUAACUGUGUGGGUUCAGCUCUGGUUGGAUUGUGAUUGAUCCGCGUUUUUCUGAAGAACUGCAGCUUUAACCCCAGCAGGGCAGAACAGACCAACAGCAGGUUUCUCAAGACUCUGGAGUGACAACAUGUGUACUGUCUAAUACUGACGGAUACCCUCUCUGGUUAAUUAAGCCUGAGCCGCAGAGAAAACGUACCCUGGAUGAAAAUGGAGCGACGCUUGUGUUUCAGAUCUGGUCUCCUCCAGCUCCUGUAGAUGGUGGAGGGUUUCCAUUACACGUGUGCCACUUGUUCACCUCCUGUUUUAUAUUUUAAUGUUCCUAUUCGACUAACAGCUAACAGCUGGUUGUACAAGGAGCUACUGUAUGUUGGACGAAGAGUCCAGAACAUUAUGUCACCACACUAACCCUGAAAUAUUUUCCUUUCCUUGUCCUGUUCUUUUGUUAUCUAAGAAGAUUUAACUUCUACCUAAAUAGAAAUAUUUCUCUUUGUCAGAGCUGCUGUUUUGGUGGAAACUGUCUCAUUGUUUGAAUUAAAUCUCAAUGGUUGAGUCACGCAAAAACAUUGACUCGCAGGGAAUGAAUGAUUUUGGAAGGUCAGCAUGCUCUGCUAACUAGUUUAUCCGUAUUGGUAUAAGAAAAUAAUUCUUUCUCACUCUUCUCCUUUUCUUUUGCCAUGAGUGAUGUUUGAGAUGAGUUAGUUUCCUUGUCCAGAAAAAGUUUCAGUGUGGCUCCACCAAAGAGUCGUCCACCUCAACCAAUGAGAUUAUUUCUUUUUCUAGAGCAGCUCUGGCAGAAAGGCUGUAGAACUGGUGUUGUGUUUGUGUCAUGUGGAAGUGGAAGAAAGCAAUAAGAGCAAAUGAUUUCUGUUACAACUUGCAACCCUUUGAAUUACCACACAGGUCAAAAUGGCAGUUGGCAAUGUUACCGAAAUAUGCACACGGAAAUGAUUUUGAAGUCAUUUAGCACUAACCUGUUUGGGCAUU